AUGCGACUGAAAUUUGUUAAUCGUAAAAGACGGGCGUCGUCAGUCUGUUUUAAGGGUGGAAUUUUUCAGGCGGAGAUGGCGAUCCCUGAACAGUUUUCGUUACGGUGGAACGAUUUCCACUCAAACUUGUCUCAAUCUUUCCAAGCUCUCUUGGAAGGCGAAGAUCUGGUGGAUGUAACAUUAGCGGCGGGAGGGCAGUAUGUUCACGCUCACAAGCUCAUACUUUCGGUUUGCAGCCCAUACUUCAAGGAGCUGUUUAAGAUGAACCCUUGUGAACAUCCGAUAGUCAUACUAAAGGAUGUAGCUCACCAGGAAUUGAAACAGCUUCUCCAAUUUAUGUACCGCGGAGAAGUACAUGUGAGACAGCAAGAGCUCUCCGGUUUCUUACACACAGCCGAGUUACUUCAAGUCAAAGGCCUAACCGGUGGUAGAGAGAGAAGUGAAUCACCUCAGCCAGUUGAGAGUGAGUCGAGUAACACCGGUCGUCCGCAAGUACCUGAACCAGGUGGUGAUAGUCUACCUGAAUGGGUCCCACCGUCCGAGGAGGCCACUGUAUCAGAUGUCUCACCAGAAUCAGCGAGCUCGGGGCCUCCCGCAGAAGAAGCAACUCGAAGCCCACUUAAAAGAUUAUUGAAGAACACACCAGGCAAGACGAGCUACAACAUGAAGAAGAAACCUCGACCUGUCAACGAUAGCCCAACACAUGCCGAGAACACAGAAUACGCAUCCGACAGCGAGCCCAUGAUAGACUUCGACAGCGACAUGUUCAAUAACGUCCUAUUGCCAGAUUCAGCCAAAGACUCGGGAUGGAACUGCAAAACCGGUGGGGUUAAGUGUCCGUCAUGCCAUCGGUUUUUCGCGAAUCGGUACAAUCUUAAAGUGCAUAUACGUGACAAGCACGACACUAGAGAGGGUACGCUCCAAUGUGAUAUAUGUCAGAAACGUAUGCGAAAUCCAUCAUGCCUUCGGGUCCAUAUGUACCAUCAUCGGAAGCAGGCUACAUAUUUGGCACAACUCAGCGCCCAAGGCGAUCAAAUGAGACACGCUGUUCAGAACAUGGUUGGCAAUAAGUGGCGAUCCGAAGCCAACGCGGAGUUCAGGGAUGUUGACAAUUUCCCCGCUGUCACUGAGAAUGCUAAGCUGCAGGGUGAAAGGACCCAGGAGGCAGCGCUGCCUAAGCCGGAAACUAACCCAGAGACAGUAUGA